UGGCCCUGUUUGGAAGCAUCUUUGCGCAUCACCGAAGCUCACUUCACGGAAGGGGAUUUCGAUUGCCCCGCUGAAGAGUCGCAUUCGCGUCGUACUUACUCUCUGCAAAAGCUUAAACCCUCGAUCGUAUGUCUUUGAAUAGUAUCGUGCGAUCGCGCGCUCAAUUGUGCUUUUUGGCGUCACGGUUGUACCAUACCGGCGAUGCUAUUAAUUCGAUUAAAAUCAGAAAAUUAUCUUCCCCUGGUUGGACUUAUUGCUGACUUUCUGUGCGAGAAGGCGGCAGUGUGCUGUUGUGUGACUUGUAAGAGCUGCUGCGGUGCAAUUUUCUCAUCUUCGUCUUCUGCUGCUGUGUGUCAGUGUAUGUGUUUAUGUGUAGGUACCACAGUGCUUGUUUAUUACUCUUCAACUGAAGACUGAAGACCCUCGUGCAGAAGAUCAACCUGGUCGCGGAUGCUUAUAUCGUAAUUCUCGUACGCCGACCGAGUCGUUUUAAUAUUAUGAUCAUUAAUAGUGGUGCCUUAAUUCCUCCUUUGUGAGCCAGUGUCGAGCUUUGAAACUUUCAAAUCAUUUCGAUCGUCUGCAUCCGCACGAGCUAGAGCACAAACACCGCGCGCGCAGGCAUUCGCUCAGCGAGCCCGGCGGUGAAUCUUCUCCAGCCAGCAGCGGCAAGUUAUGUGCUCACGCCAAUCAGCAGCCAGCAGCGGAGAGCGAAUCCGGCAGGUCCGGUUACCGGCAACACGCGGCAAUGCCAAACUGAGCCACAUCCUCCCUGCUUGCUCACCACGACGACGAUAACGUAGCACGAGUCGCUAGCGCACACGAGUGUUGCAAGCGGGUCUUGAAAUGGAAUAGCCCACACUGAGCGACGGACGAUCGGUUAGUCGCGCUUCGGCCAUCGUCCGGUUAGUGUCGUUUUGGGUGCAGUCGUUUCGACGUUCCAAGAAUAACGGUGGUGCUCUCUACUAAAAUUGAAAGAAAUAAAAUAGUUUCAAUUGUAGCUAAAAUAUGUGCUAUUAUUUCUCGAUCGCGAAGAGCGAAAAGGUGCUAGAUAGUGAGUGAAACUCUACGAUCAACAAAUUGUAUGAAUCUCUACACUUACAUUCAUUGAUGAGUGAAACUUCAAACGAAAGUUGUGAUUUAUGUCGUGAAUAAGCGUUUUUAAUCAACGUCUGAAAAUUAAUCCGUUUGCUGAUAGUGAGGAGGUAUUAUUUACACGAAGUACACACAACAGUUUGGCGCAAAGAAGUACGGAAAGCAAAACACAAGCCGGCUGAUAAUUUCCAUCAGUAUACGACCCUAAUCAUCAUAUCAGCUGUUUUUAUUGUAACAAAACUAAAACAUCUUUUCUCGGAAGCACCAGUGGAAGCAGAGAGAAAGAGAGUGCGUGCGGCUGAGCGAAAGAGAGAGAGGAGCAAGCAGUAAGCCAGUAAUAAGAACCACAGAUAACCAUCAGCAAACAUGGUGCUAGUGCUCAACGGGGUACUUCAGGACGAGUGCCCAAUGGACACUCAUUCGCUCUUUGUGCAGCAUCCGGUUUACCGGGACACGGCCACACAGUUCCUAUCGAUUCCUACUAAAACGGUUGGUGCUCCUGGUCUACUGUACGUCUGCCAGCGGGAAAUGGCUGCCGUUGCUCCGCAUGACAAAAACGUCAACAUCAUCGGCUCAGAUGAUGCGACCACCUGCGUUAUCGUUGUUGUCCGGCAUUCAGGCUCAGGAGCAGUUGCGUUGGCCCACCUGGAUGGUAACGGUACCGACGAGGCAGUUUCGACCAUGGUAGCCCGAGUGCAGGAGCUGGCCUUCGGCUAUCCGGAAGGACGUAUUGAACUGCAGCUAAUAGGCGGCUUCAAGGACACCCAGGGAUACGCAGAAGAUCUGUUCAACAACAUAAUGCAAUCAUUCCACAAGCAUCCGCUGGAGAUUGAUUUGACGCAGGCCUGCGUUGGCGAACUGAACACCAUUCUCCGUGGAGACAUAAACUGGCCAAUUAUCUACGGCGUGGGAGUUAACCUGAAAACUGGUGAAAUAUUUCCCGCCACAUUCCCGGAAAAAGGUCCCGAUCUUCAAUUACGUAUGGCACGGCAUUUUACCGGUGGUCAUCAGGUGCUAGAUAUUUACGAUUCCACCGUCGGAAUGCUUCGAAUCGGCCCGUUCAACUAUGAUCCGCUGAGGGGUGUGGACCUGUGGCUGUCGCAGAGCGACGAAUUCAUUCUACAGCAUCUAUCCACUAGUCCCGAUGUAGAGCCACCCCAUUUCGCUAUGCAAGUCCGUGCCACUCUUAGAUACAUACAGGAUAACCAAUUCCCAGCGGUGACGGUAUUUCGGAACAACAACCCGCACUAUUUCCGACGGGACGAAGCAACUGGCUGUUGGGCUCCGGUGCGGUUCUAGGACACACAUUAGUUGGUUUCCACACACUACUCUGUCCCUCUGUUCACGAUCUGAGCGAUCAUUAUUUAACCACGUUAGGAUCAUUUAAAGCCACUUCUUCCAUUAGGGAGAAUAUAUCGCACCUGGUUCUUUAGCAGCUUACAUGGAUCGACUUUUUUUUCUCUCCGAGCUUAUUUAUAGGUCAAACAAUUGCGCGCAUACACGCGGACACUAUUGUACAACAAUUAGUCGCUGUUUUCCGCAGAAGGAAUCUUAGCGGCGUUUUCGCCGCACUAGUCUGGCUUUCUGUGGCCAGUCUUAGGAGAACAUGAUUUCAAUUCAUUGAAAGGAUUCAAUUAAUAUAUUAUGCAUAAUAGUAGUACUAAAAACAAUUGUACAGAAUUCGGUUUUAUGCUCGUUAAAGAUAAUAAAUAAAUGAUCUGCUUCGAAGACGAA